AUGGACCGUUACGCUGCUGCCCAUGCCUCCCGCAAUGGCCCUGGAGAUGCUCGUCCGACUGCCCUCCAGAUUAUCGCGGACGAGUAUCAGUAUGGCAACACUGAUGAAGCUUGUUUUUCAGAGUUAGUCAUUGUGAUUACUGGUGCAACUUCUGGCAUCGGAUAUGAGACUGCCCGAGCUCUCUACUCCGCGGGAGCAAAGCUGCUCAUCACGGCGCGAGACGCUAACAAGGCGAAGAGCAUUAUUGAGAAGAUUGUGUCAAGUAUUCCGCCGGUUGAGGGAAGACAGUAUCAGAUUAUUGAGGUUAUACCUAUGGAUAUGGGCUCUCUUGCCUCUGUCAGACGAGCUGCAGAGGAGAUUCUGAAUAAGGCAGAACACAUUAAUGUCUUAAUCAACAACGCUGGCAUUGCGGGUAUUCCAUUCGAACAAACGGAAGACGGGCUAGAACGGACCUGGGCCGUAAACUACGUCGCACCGUUUCUUCUCACAUAUCUUUUACUCCCACGACUCGAAGCCGGCAGCACCAAGAAUCGCCAUUCCCGCAUCGUCAACUUGAGCACUACAGGACAUAGACUGUUCCCAGCUCAUCUAGACGACCCAAACUUUAAGAUCACGCCCUAUGAGCCCAUGUCUGCCUACGCAACGUCGAAACUCGCCGUAAUCCACCACGCCAACUUCAUUGACCGGCACUUCUCCACUCACGGAGUCAGAGCCGUCUCGCUUCACCCUGGGACUGUCCAUACUCCGAUGCUUCAAGCAUACACAUCCCAGCGGAGCGAAAAUGUUGAACUGCCGCCUGGGUAUGGACAGGAGCUCAAAUCUGUUGAGCAAGGCGCGGCUACAACCGUUUUCGCAGCUAUUGCGUCGUGUUUGGAGGAUCAGGGCGGUGUGUACCUGGAAAAUUGCUCCUAUGGAAAGGAUGCGACGGCUGAUUUUGGCACGAUGGAUGGCGGGUAUGCGGCUUUUGCGUUUGAUGAGGUGGUGGAGGAGAGGCUUUGGAAGGAGACGUGUAAACUAUUGGAAGUUCCCGAUUUAUUGUAG